AUGCAACUCCUUGCUCAAACUCAAGCCGAAAUCAUAAGGCAACGGCAGACUACGACGCAAUCGAAUGACACCACGGAAGGCGAGGAAACUUCUUCUGCUGUCAUGACGGUCGCUUACAAAGUGAAGGAUAAUGAAGCCGGCGGGUCGUACUGUUGUUGUGCCAUAUGCAUUGAAGAGUUUGAGGAUGAAGAGAUUUGUGGAGUUGUUGAGAGUUGUGGCCAUUGUUUUCAUGAGGAUUGUAUGGAUCAGUGGCUUAGGAUUGAGAGCCGUUGCCCAUUAUGUCGUUGUUUGGUUCAUGCUGUAUCUCAACAAUAUUAG